AUGGACGACGGAGCAAUACCCACCUCUCCUCCAUCCUUCAAGCACAAGCUCAAACAAACCCUCUGCUUGUCUUGCUGUUUCCAUACCCACAAACAACUGCAGCCAUCAUUGUCAUCAUCAUCGUCUUCUUCCUCCUCUGACAAAACCACUACUCUCCUAAGGGCCUCCUCGACAUGGCUGAGACAGGAGUUCCCGGAGAUCAAAGACAAGUGCCGGAACAUUUUCAGUCGAACAGGAAAGCACCGCCGGAGACACUCGUCGACUGAUUUCAGGUACGACCCGUUGAGCUAUUCUUUGAAUUUCGAAGACGGGUAUGAUGAUUCACACCAUGACGAAGCGCCGUUGAAGAACUUCUCAUCCGGAACGGAUCUGCCACUGUCGCCGCUGCCGCCGCCGUUGAAGCCGGUGGCCGGGACAACUCCGAUGCGAUACUCUUUGAAUGAUUGUGGUGGUGGUGAUGACGUUGAAAGUUGGUGGCGCCGCCAGUGA